GUCGUGUCUCGUCCUCCUCCUCCAACCUGCAAAGCAACCACCACCCGCCCCGGCCGACCGACGAUUCGAUCUCGCCUCGCCUCGCCUCGCCGGCGACCCCAAUCGAGCCACGCGGCCAACGCCCGCCGCCGCCGGAGGAGGGAGGGCGCGGUCGCCGUGUUGAUGAGAUGAAGGAGGUGGUGCUCCACGUGUACGACGUGACGAACAGCGACUCGGAGAAGACGAACAACACCAUCCUCCAGAUCAACCGCAUCUUCAAGGACCGGAUCGGCCUCGGCGGCAUCUUCCACAGCGCCGUCCAGGUCUAUGGCGAGGAGGAGUGGUCGUUCGGGUUCUGCGAGAGCGGCAGCGGCGUCUUCAGCUGCCCCAUCGGGAAGAACCCCAUGUACACCUACCGCGAGUGCAUCGUGCUCGGGGAGACCGAGUGCUCCAUCGCCACCGUGAACCGGAUCCUGCGCGAGCUCAGCCGCAACUGGCCGGGCCACUCCUAUGACCUCCUCUCCAGGAACUGCAACCACUUCUGCGACGAGCUCUGCGAGAGGCUCGCCGUCCCCAAGCUCCCAGGCUGGGUUAAUCGUUUUGCCAAUGCUGGUGAUACCGCGGUGGUAGUUGCUGAGAACACAGCAGUUAAGUUCAGGCAGGCUAAAACAGAAAUUGUCAAUGCCAGUAGAGUAGCAUACAGAUUUAUGGCGGGCCUAGCAUCAAAAAAUCAAAACUCGCAACCAGAGUCCCCAAGUAACCAAAGCAGAAGCGGCCCUACUUUCCAGGGUGCCUGGUUCAAGAACAUCAUUUCCGCCGGCGCAAAGCCUUCUUCAAGCGAAUCAACUUCAUCGCAUGACACUAGUGAUGAAUCCCCUUUGCAGAAUCAAAAAUCAGCGGAGCAGUCAACACGGUUGUAGUUGCAGCCCCAGUUAUCAGCUGUUGAAUUGAAUCUGUAGUGUAACAGUAGCCCAACAUUUGUUAAAAAAAACAUGGUAUCUUAUUCACGCAUGAGUAUUGUCUCCCUACAUUGUCUUGCAAUGGGAAACAUGAAAUGUUAAAACACGCCAUCCAGCUUGACAGUUCUGGGGUUCUUUACGGUCACUCA